AUGAACGAUGCCAGCAGCCUUACAAAGGCCGAAAUGCUGGCAGCGGCUAAAAAGAAGCUGAAAGACUUUGAAUCUCGUCGAAAUCAUGAUAGUCGAGCAUCACCUACUUCAAGCAUUGUGUCGUCAGAACUUGGAGGAAAUGGAGUUCUUAGUAGCAUAAAAAAUGAAGAUAGACAGUUAUUAUCGAUAUCACCAUUCCAGCAAAUUGGGAAUGAAUGGUAUCAAGCAUAUACCCAACUAAAAGCUCAACAUGAUGAAUUGUGCUCUCAUUAUGCUCAAUUACAUACUGCUUAUUCACAAAUAAGCGUUAAUGGAGUUCACGUGGAUGCAGAAAACCAGAUAAUUCAACUUCAAUCAGCUCUUUCAACUGUGGUAGAAGAAAAACUCGAUUGUCAAGCUGAAUUGCGACGAACUAAAGAAAAUCUAGAAAAAAUUUUAACCGAAUUUGAAGAGUUUCGAAAAGAACAUAUCAAUAAGACUACUGAAAGUCAUGUAGAAGGCGAUGAAUCUGUAGAGAUAAAGAAAUUGUUGUCAAAACUUGAACAAAAAGACAACCUUUUAUCUGCGAGGCAUUCGGAGCUCGAGCAUUGUCGACGUGAAGUGUCUGAGAUUCAAGCUCAUUUGCUCACUGUGCAGCACGAACGGAGCGAGGCACAGGCUCGUGUAAGAAGUCUCGUACGUGAGAAUAAUGCCAUUGAGGAGAGCUUGAAACAACUAAGGAAAGAGCUGCAAAUGAAAGAUUUGCAUUUAAAACAGUUAGGAGCGCACACUGUCGAAGGGAAAGAAGACAAAUUAGUCCAUUUAAAUGAUCAAUUGGAGAUACUCACAAAAAGCCUGAGCGAUGCGAAUAUUGAAAAAUCAAAGCUAAUAGCGGAAUACGAUGCUCUUAAAAAACAUUAUUCCGAAAGAGAGCGGGCAUUAGAGCAGAAGCAAAAAGAAAUGGCUGUCGAGCUGGAAAAUAUUCAAAACCAUCGCUUCUCCGCUGAUGAUCGUGUCCAGCAGCUAGAAAACCAGCUUCAUCUUGCUCUGAAGGAUCUUGAAAAGAUGAAAUUGGAAGCUACAUUGUCCAAAAAUUUAGAAACGGAAUCUGCUCAUGAUUUCUUUAACGAAGAAGAUUCUAACCGCAGGGUUCGAGAAGCAGUAGCAUUGGAACGAAUUGAACUUGAACGACGACUUGAAGAAGAGCAAAGAAGACGAGAAGAGGAGAUUUUGGAAAAGGACCGAAUGAUUUUUGAGCGAGAUCAAUUAUUGGCUGAAAUUGAAAUGAAGUAUAGGCUUUUAGAGGAGAGAAUGCUCGAAACUACAAAUAAUGGAGCAGACCUUCUCUCACUUUCGGAGCAGCUACAAAACGAAAAGGCAACUGUUUCACGAGCGGUUGCUCAAAAUCGUGAGCUCAAAUCACAGCUAAUUGAAACAGAAGAUCGUCUCAUUGCCCUCACAGAUGCUAAGCUUCAACUUGAGCUGGACAAGCAAGCCGCAGAACACCAGGUUCGCGAGCUCACUAAACAGUUGAACCUGGAGAACGCUGGCCUUGUUCCGAAUAUCGCAGAAGUGAUUGCACUGCAACCGCAUUUAGAAUCCCGUCCAAAUACUGAAGAGAAAGGCACUGAACCGAUGGUAAUUGAACAUGAGCAGGAAAACGAUGAACUGGAUCAGAUCCGUCGAGAAUAUGAGGAAAUGCGCUUGAGGUUUGAAACAGCGCAGGCAGAACUGGCACAGGUUCGUGCGGAACUCCGACGAAGCCACACACAGAACGAGCAAAUGGACCAGAUAAUGCGACAGAAUGCUGAGGACGAGAAUCAGAAUUCGAUACAUGUGGAACUCACACAAGCCGUUGUCCGACUGAAUGAACUUGCUGCUGAGAAUGAGCAACUUCGCGAAGCUAUUAGUGACCUAAGCACGAGGUUAAACGGGGAAAGAGUGAGAUCGGCUGAGGCAGAAAAUAAGCUUGAGGAAAUAUUGAAGAUGGAUAGACAACCAAAAGACCAACAGGAACCUCCGCCAAAUUUAAUGGUUGUUCAACCUGAAGCAUCAGAAAAAAUAAAUGCUGAGGAAUGGGCUCGUAAGGAGCUCGAGAAGAGAUUUUCUCGAGCAAUGAUGCAGAAUGCUGAACUCACUGAAGCUAUUGACAAGCUUGAGCACGUUAAUCAGCAGCUGCAACUGGAAAAUGAUACAAUCGCUGAUCAUAUUAUAGUUUAUCAGCAUCAGAGGAGAUUAAUUCGAGAGCGAAUUCGCGUUAAAGACGAACAGCUGAGAGCAAUGGAAGAGGAAAGGCAGAAGACGAUAGCAAGAUGCCAGGAGCUCCAGAACGUAUUAAUGACGGUUCUAAACAAGGGAGGAAUUCUAAAAGAGUAUGAGACGAAGAAGCGCACGACGGCGCGCAGAGUUUCGCGAUCUUAUAGUCAUAGCACCGUUGACGAAUUGAGUGGUGAUGAAGAUGUAAUUGUUGACGCCAAAUUGGACGUUGUGCCUGAUCGUUCCGAAGUUUCGUCGCCGUCACUGAUUGCGACUGUUCAUGUUAAAGAACAAGUUCCUAAUGGAGCCGCAUCACCAGCGAGAAGUUUAUCUCCAAUUAAUGAGACCGAAGAUGCUUCAGUUCGAAGAAUUCUCGAGAUUAUAUCUGAUAUCAGCAAAGCUCAAAUGCCGACCUCUGCGCAACUACAUUGUACACAAUGUAUCGGUGAUAUAAAAGAAAUUUAG